CGCACAUGUACUUGGGUCGCUCCGGGGCAGUUGGGCUGCAUAUGUACCUAGGUAGGUAUAAGCUCGUGCUCCCCUGAUGACCAAAUACAUCAUAGCCCCUGCUAAAAUACCAUCGCUACGUACGUUCGCGUAAAGGUACCUAGGCAGUUACUAGUCUACACCUGAACAUACUUUCUUUUAUGAAGUAUCGAUAUUACAUUAGCAUGUCUCUACUCUCCUUCUAGUUACCUUGCUUCUCGAGUCAACUUGCAUCCCAUCCUUCAUUCUCAUAGCAUAGCAAUAGUAACAAAUCUGCUUAUACUCAAUUACUCGCGUCAUCAAUAACUAUGCUUGCUCGCUAUGCGACACACUGCUGGGCAGUGUUAGGGCUGUGUGCCUCCCAAGCGAUAGCCGCACUGUGUACUUCGAAUCUCCUCAUUGACAACUUCCGGGGAUCUAUGUGGAGGCGGAACAGCCUGGGCUUGAAAGUGGGCGACGACGGCACCAUGGCGGCCAUUACGGUAGACCUCGCAGAUGGUCUCAUUACAUUCGUCCCCGGAAGGAUGUCCUAUUUCUACGAAACCCUUCCGUGCAUCGACACAGUAGCAUCCGGAUACGGAGAACUCGCCUUUACGAUGAAAGGACCCAAAGACUCUUCUAUCGCACUCGAGAUUCAGACGACGAAGAGUUCCACAGAUACCGCUUCGAAGAGCAGUUGGCGAUAUGUAGCGGGGUUCACCGGUGAACUACAGAGGAUGACGGUGCCAAUUAAUUCGUUCGUGGGAGCGAAUGCUAAUGCAGUCAAUGCGUUCAUUUGGUCAACCUAGGAGGUGGAAACUUUCAAUGACACGAAGUUUGAAUGGGAACUUGGCGAUGUGGAAUUGAUUUGCAACCCGCUCGGAAGGGAACCGGCCACCGUUGACCCCGUUGGUCCGGAGUUUUAGAGGCGGACUUAGAGGCUACACAACGUCUGCGGGCUUUCUGAAGAAGGCUGUGUGAGUUGGAGAUUGCUUGAUUGAAAUUAGUAGUGUUAUUGGUUUACCUAUACCCUUAUUCAGUAUUCGAUAGAUACAGUACUAAUAAUUGGUGAUUCAAUAAGAAUUAUUUCAAUCUGGGUUCUUUGUGGCAUUGAAGUGUCUAAAAGUAAAAAUAGGGGGGAGGGAAGAAAGGGGUACUAAAUAAAUAAAUCGAAUCCCUCUAACAAGGAUAGCUUACUUAAUACAAUAACACUAAUAAACCCCCACUUUCCCAUUUAGGCCUUGUUCCCCAGCCCCACGUAUCAGGUAUCAGGCCGAAAUUUCGAGAAC